AUGGAGUUGCUAGUCGUGGUGAUGUUCGGAAUUGUCGUCGCCCCUAUUCCCGAGAAGGCUGACUUUAGUACUACCUACGACAGCAAGCCAAACUUAAGUUGUUUCCAAGUGACAUUCAUUAAAAGCGAUCCUUCCGGGCCCAGAGUGAGUCUCUUCGCCGAGUGCCCCUUAGGAGACGUGAUGGCCCUCCAACUGAAGGUGAUCGAAAAGCCAGAAAAUGUUUUUACCCUGGAUACUACGGAAGCUAAGACCAAGAAGGCGUAUGAGGAAUUCAUCAGUAAAAGUAAAGCAAGAUGUGACGAUGUUGUUGAGAUUAAAAUGGGAGAUAUGUCGAAGAUUACCUACGAACAGUCCCAAGGCCAGUACGAGACUGUGGACGUGUCACUUGGAUCAGAAACAAGACAGCUCAUGCCUGACAAGUGUCCCUAUUAG